AUGGCGUACAAGAAAAAUGGAAGCAUUAGUAUGACGGACUAUCUCAGGACUUGGGAAGGAAUGGAAGCCGCUUAUUAUUUAAACCUGACAAAGUCAAUCGGAGUCUCUAAUUUUAAUAUAAGCCAGAUGCAACGUCUGUGGGAUAAUAGUAGGAUAAAACCAGCCGUGUUGCAAAUAGAGGUUAAUCCCACAAUAACGCAAGAAGAACUAGUGGAAUGGUGUCGCGUUCACGGUGUUGUAAUUAUGGCCUACAGUCCCUUUGGUGCGAUACUUGGUCGUAAACAAGACGCCCCGCCACCACGAGCUGAUGAUCAAUUUCUCCAGAGUUUGUCUACCAAAUAUAAUAAAACUGUGCCACAGAUAUUACUAAGGUAUUUGUUGGAUAGAAGUCUCGUAGCUAUUCCUCGAUCCACAAAUAAAGGACGAAUAGAACAAAAUAUUGAUAUAUUAGAUUUCAGUCUUACUCCUGAAGAAAUCAAGAAAUUAGGAUCAUUUAAUAAGAAUUAUAGACUCCGGACACCUGCAAAGUGUUAUGUUGGAGGAAUGAAACCGCCUUCGCAGGAGCAAGUAGUGGGGAUUGAACCCACACCCUCUGGUGCAGGAGCCAGGGUCACUACUCCCCACGCCAAUCGUAGUUCAAGCGCUCGA